UCCCCUCCGCCUGGUCGGCACCCUGCGCGAGGGCUGCCGCUCCCCAGCGGAGCCGCAGCCGGGCGGGCGGCGGCCGCCAUGGAGCGGACCCCCAUCCCGGUGCUGACCGUGCAGACAGCGCCCUACGAGGACCAGCGGCCGACGGGCGGCGGGGGGCUGCGGCGGCCCACGGCGCUCUUCGAGAGCCAGCGCAACUACCUGCCCAACUUCGUGCAGAGCCUGCUCUCCUCCGUCGACCUUCGCGACCGGCAGGGCUGCACCAUGGUGGUGGGCAGCGACGGCAGGUACUUCAGCAAGACGGCCAUCGAGAUCGUCGUUCAGAUGGCCGCGGCCAACGGGAUCGGCAGAUUAGUUAUUGGACAGAAUGGUAUCUUAUCCACACCUGCUGUUUCGUGUAUCAUCCGAAAGAUCAAAGCAGCUGGUGGAAUUAUUCUAACAGCUAGCCACAGUCCUGGAGGACCUGGAGGAGAAUUUGGAGUCAAGUUUGAAGUUGCCAAUGGAGGACCUGCUCCAGAUAUGGUUUCAGAAAAAAUCUAUCAAAUCAGCAAAACCUUGGAGGAAUAUGCAAUUUGUCCUGAUCUCAGAGUUGAUUUAUCACGCCUGGGAAGACAAGAAUUUGAUCUGGAGAACAAAUUCAAACCUUUCCGAGUGGAAAUUGUGGAUUCUGUGGAAAUCUACCUCAAUCUCCUUCGAAGUAUUUUUGACUUCAGUGCAAUCAGAAAUUUGCUGACCGGACCCAACCAGAUUAAAAUAAGGAUUGAUGCCAUGAAUGGAGUUAUGGGACCUUAUGUGAGAAGAAUCUUGUGUGAUGAGUUGGGAGCUCCUGCAAAUUCUGCCAUAAACUGUAUUCCUCUGGAGGAUUUUGGUGGACAGCCUCCUGAUCCAAAUUUAACAUAUGCAACUGCCUUGCUGGAGGCUAUGAAAGGUGGAGAGUAUGGAUUUGGAGCAGCUUUUGAUGCUGAUGGAGACCGCUACAUGAUUCUUGGCCAAAAUGGUUUCUUUGUGAACGCAUCAGAUUCAUUGGCUAUAAUUGCUGCCAAUCUGUCUUGCAUUCCUUACUUUUGUCAGAUGGGUGUCCGAGGAUUUGGCAGGAGCAUGCCUACCAGCACAGCCCUGGACAAAGUGGCCAAAGUAAUGAAGGUUCCUGUGUAUGAGACACCAGCAGGAUGGAGAUACUUCUCCAAUCUCAUGGACUCUGGACGUUGUUCACUUUGUGGAGAGGAGAGUUUUGGCACUGGGUCUGAUCACCUUCGAGAGAAAGAUGGACUGUGGGCUGUGCUAGUUUGGCUUUCAAUCCUAGCAGCCCGAAAGCAGAGUGUGGAGGAGAUUGUCAGGGAUCACUGGGCAAAAUUUGGCCGGCACUACUACUGCAGGUUUGAUUAUGAAGCGCUGGAACCCAGAACAGCAUAUUUCAUAAUGAGAGACCUGGAAGCUUUGAUCACUGACAAAUCAUUCAGCCAUCAGCAGUUUGCUGUGGGUAACAAUAUCUACAGUGUGGAAAGAACAGACAGCUUUGAGUUCGUAGAUCCUGUGGAUGGCACUGUGACCAAAAGACAGGGGCUGCGGAUUAUUUUUUCAGAUGCUUCCAGGCUCAUCUUCAGAAUGAGUGCUUCAAGUCAUGUGAGAGCUACUCUCCGGAUCUAUGCAGAGAGUUAUGAAAAGGAUCCUAGCCAACACAAUAAGGAACCACAGGCUGUGCUGAGUCCUCUUAUAGCAAUCGCACUGAAAAUAUCUCAGAUUCAUGAGAGGACAGGACGAAAGGGACCCACUGUCAUUACCUGAAGCCACAGAAGAUUGUUAAACCAGGGCCAAAAGAGAAACAGCAAGGAAGAGACUGAACCUUGUUAAGACUUGUUAGCCAUUUGUGCCUUGUAUGAUUUUAAAAGUUUUCUUGGGGAGAAAGGCAGGGUGGGAACUAAAAUUCAAUAUAACAUUGAGUAUAAUCACUUGCAUUGAUCUCCAAAUGCAAUAGUAUAUUGACUUCUUUGUUUUACCUGCAAUAUCUUAAUUUCUGAUAACAAUAUAACCAAAGAGGCCUUAAUCUUCAAAUGUUGUCAGCAGUGUGACAGAAAAUGACAACUGCUUGGUUUUGAAUGCUGUGAUAAAAGUUGGAGAAAUUUCAAUUAUGGAGAGAGGGGGAGGAGUUGCAAAGCAAAGACAUAUUUGGUGAAUAUUGUUUGGGAAUAUUGUCACCUUCUUGUCAGUUUAUAAAAAGCAUACAGAGCAUGUAUGAGCACGUCAUAAGGGCUGUAUACUGAACUAUGUAUUUCGUCACUGGACAACUAUGCCUCCUCUCCUGCCUUUCCUGUUGCUCACAGAUGCACACUGACAGCAGUGUUGUAUACACAUUUACACAUGCUCCCAAAGAAGGGGUUAUUCCAUAUUUUUUUUACCCCUGCUUUUAAAACGUAUCAAUGUGACUUGUGCCUUUAGAUUUUCCAGAUUUUUUGACUCUUUGGUUGUUUUCCUCCAAAGGGAGGCAUUUGUGCUAUAGAGCUGAUUUUAUCCUUCCAGCACUAUGUUGGCUAUGGAAUCUGACUGUCUUUUGAAAUAUUCCUCAUGUCAGGAGAUGAUACUGGUUCUUACUGUGUUUGAAAGGUAAUUAUUGCAAGUUCAGCAAUUCUUUAUGAGGGAGUUACAGAAGUCUUCUAAGUCUUUGGAAUACUCAUGCUCCACUACUACAAAGUGAAAUAAGUGAACAGGGGAUUAAAAAAACCUAAUAAAUUAAAUAGAAAUACUUGAUUGAUUCACUAGCUGAACAUGGUUUCUGUUAGAUUCUUAGUGACAGUGGAUCAUGGAAUAAAAAUUUGGGGAGUGCAAAAGGCGUCUCAGCAUAGAUCUGAGAAGGCUGUUGGGGAUAUGGACAUCAGCAUUUUUCUGCUUGUGAAAUGAUACUGUGGUUCUAGCUACAAUACUGUGCCCUGAAGAAGAACACAAACACUUUGCAUGUCAUUUGUUUCAAAGCUUUGCUUUGUUGUUCGCUUGUAUCAUUCAUCAGGGUGGCUUUGUGCAACUUGCCUCUUUACAGUGUAUUUUAAUUCAUUGUGGUUGUCAAAUUUUAGUGCAAUUUAUAUAAUAUUGCAGCAAAGGAAAUUGUUUUUAUUUCUUUCAACACUUCUGUCAAAAAAAGGCUAUGGCACUUAGUACACAAUAAAGAGUAAUGCUGUAUAUCUGUCUUAAUAUGUAAUUGUGGACAAGACACACUGCACUUUGAAGCAUCCUAAUAAAACUGCCUUUAAUACA